GCUGGGAAUGUGAAUUCAGGCAUUUUGUGAGCCCACUAAUUUGAAGUUCAGACUGCAGACUUCUUACUGCAAAACGCUCACGCCUGGAUUAUCACUGCACUCUACAUUUAAAAGAAGAGAGCUCUCUGUGUGCUGAACCCUGUUUUUGUGUGUGUAGAGAAAAGGCUGCAUCCUUGCUGCAAGAAUCUUCCCAGUUUCUUUUGAACCUUGAACAGAGUGGAUGAGAAGCACCAUAAUGGCAGAGAUUUGAAAGUUCACUGGUCAACAUGAUUAGGCUCAGGGGGUGAGCACAGGCAUGUGAUCUCUCAACCCUUUCACUUUCAGGAGGACAGUGUCUAUGGUUCUGUAAUUAUUGUUAACCUACACCUAUGAAGAUUUAGGACAAAGAUUAUUGCAGAGCUGUAUGGCCAGAAAAGGGGUGGCAAAGGGGUCUGCCAAAGGCCAGAACAAGUAUGUAAGCACAGAAGCUCUCUGUGGCUGUCACAUUCAACAGCUUCUGAUUUCUGGAUACUGUUGAGCUGGUAGGCAGUCUGUUAUGCAUGGGCAAAUGACUCCCCAUGACAGAAUCAUUUCUACAACAAGUUGGUUUUUUUCUGUGAAGUGCCUUCUAUUGUUAGUGGCCUAUCUGUGCUAUUUGGGCAGUUACAAAUUGUCUGACAUUGAAAGAAAUCUGAGAAAUCUAAAAAUGCCUGGUGAGAAAACUUGCCAUUUCAAGUUUUACAUUCCUUUAGGAAGGAAGAGGCUGUUAUUUAUUCUACAUUUGAACAAUGCCUCAUGAAUGAGUCUUUAGGCUUUCUCAAGCCCUCUGACAAGUGCUGUAAUGCAUUAUUUAGGUCUGGGUUUUUAUUCAGAGAGGUGAAAAUGCUUCUUCUGUACCAUUACAAUGAACUAGCUUUGACUGCCAAGCAAGGAUGAAAGUUCUGAAGCUUAAACAAUCGAUCUGUUGUUGAAAUUUAUUUUUAAAACAUGAAGGAAUAAGAAGAGCUUGAUGUUGUGGUUUCUAACUGAUAUUCAAGUUCUGUUAUCAGGCACAUCAAUUGUUUGAGAUAUUAAAAUGUGAAUAGUAAGCUUUCUUUCUCAGGCUUGUAUCUGGAAUCCCUCUUCCCAUCCAAUGCAAAAAUCAAAGCAGGCUUUUUUCUGUAAUAACAUUUCUUGGUAGAGGCCAACAUGCUGCCUGCCUUGGGUGUACUAUGAUUUGUUGAGGAGUGAGCAGUCAGUGUUAGCUGACACUCAGUCCUCAGUUAGCUUACUCUGCCUCUGCUGAACCCUUACAGGUUUCCCAGGAAGGUAGCCUGGGCCCUCGCUCUGAGCUUGUGAUGGGCCAAAGAUGCAAUAUACAAAUGGGUUACAGAGUUUAAAUCCACCCUGUAAGACAGCAUUUGCUCUUGGUUUUAUGUUGUGUGUUUGUGCUACAUAUGGUACCUUCCCAUUUCCUUUGCAACCUUUUGCGGGCCUAUCUUAUUGCCUCUUAUUUGAAAUGAGAAUAUUCUGAUUGAGCAAUUAGAUUUAGGAAGAUUGAUCAUUUUAAUGGUGUUAAAACCAUUAGCUUUAAUCUCUCGACCUUCACCCUUUUUUACUACUGGGGUAUGUUGGUCCCAAGCAGCCACACACCCACACAACUGCUCACAAACUUUGGGAAUUUAACAUAACUUAUUGCCAUAAUAUAUUUAGUUGCUGAUUCGGAUGUUGGGAAGCAAAGAAGACAAACAUUAAAAUAUCUUUCCUUCCUCUUUCCCAGGCUCAACUGCACUCCAGACACAGCUCCUCCCCUCUUGUUAUCUCCACAGGUUACACCCAGUCCCUUUGGUGAGGUGAUGAGUGGCACAGGGGGUUGGGGUCAGGACAGAGUGGUUUCUUUCUGCCUCUCGUUUCUCACCCUUUUCUUUCACUGCUGUUUCCUUCUUACUGUUUCUGCUCCGGCAUGGCCCCUCUGUGGUUCACAGUCCCUUUGGGGGUGUGCCUGCUCAGUCAUGGAGCACCUCCAACUCCUCUGACCUUGUCCCCUCAUUCCCUUGUUUCUAUCCUUGUUCUCUUGUUCCCUCCUUGUCCCCUCUGGUGUUCCCUCCCAGGUUUGUCUCCUCCUCUUUGGCAUUUUCUGCCUUUUCUUCAGUAUGUCUUCACAGAGGCACCGCACAUGUGGCUGAUGGGUUCCACUUUGGCACAUGGUGGGUCCGUUGCAGAGCCAGCUGAAAUUGGCUGUGACCAGCACAGGACAGCCCUGACCUCCUCUGCAGGGGCCACCCCCACAGUUUUAUGAUCAGAAUGAUGGGGAGCACAGGACGCCAGAACAGUAACUGCCCAGCUUCAAACAGAGGUGUAGGACUAGGCACAUCAGAUUGCAUCAUCAGAGGGCCUAUUAGGACAUCAUUUACAGGGGAGGAACCCAGGACGAAUCUUUAAAUUCAUUCAUAAUUUUAAAUCCAAUAUAUACUUCUACUUCAGGAAAGAACUGAAGCAUGAAAUCUAUGCUUUUCCAUGUUGCCCAGUAAAGUUAACUGUAUGUGCAAAGGAAGAUAAUUGUGCAAUCCUAUUUUGGCCUGAAAUCCAGCACUGAAUCACAAUUUGGUGUUUAAGAGCACAGUUGCUCUUAAAGCCAAGUCACGCCAGAGAAGUGCUACAAAAUGGAACUAGUAGUUAAAAAACCACAUACAUAUAUUCAUAUUUUUCACUAAAAAGAUAUUCUGAAACUUUGUGGUGCAAAUUUUUGAAAGGCAGCUUGCAUCUGAAACGAGCAGAAACGGUUGAUGUUAACAUUGUCUUCAAAUUGCUUCCACUCAGCAUUCAUAGCCAGGCUAGUUCUUGACUAUGGUUCUUCACUGUAAGAAGUGACGAGUAUUUUACAGCAGUUUCAUGGCAAAUGCUGAGGAAAUUUCAUAAAAUGUGCCUCUGAAAGACUUGGCUGCAAGGAGCUAUGGCACAGGAUAGAUUAUGUCAGCAAUAAGUUUUAUACUGAAAAACACAGAGUUCUCACCCUGUAGGAUACAACAUCAUGGCUUGUAGCUGCUCAGAAAGCGUGUGGCAAAUCAGCAGCCACAGCUUGUCUGAAUCUGUACUGAAUGCUUUAGUAAAUCUUUAGAGCUGGGCCUGGGCUACAAACAUGAGCUUUGAAGCAAAGUUGUGAAAUUCCCUGAAACUCUGAUUUUGAGGUCUAGUUUGGUCUGUUUCUUACACUGAGCUAAGCAGGAGGUUCAGAUGAAAUCUCAAAAUCCACUGCAGUCUACAUGGGACAGAUGAAGGUUGUAGGUUUUUGCUGUAGACAUACCAUACCAGUGACAGAUUUGUUAGGAUGUGCCACAGAUAAAAGGAAUCUCUCCCAGGGCUUAGAAACUGCAUGUUCUUGAAACCAGUUAAAACAUUUAAUUUUAUUUUACGUCGGUAUAAAUCACCCUCUUUUGUGCAGAAUGAAGGGCCAUGCUAGCAGUUUACUAUACCUUUAUUCUCAAAAAAACCCUAGCCCAAACACUUCCCUAAAAUCAGCUAUUUAAUGCAGCCCCUUUGAGAGCCUAUUGCUGUGGGAGCUCAGUCUUUAUUUAUGAAACCAGACAGAUUCUUGACUUGCAUGUGGAGCUGAAAUUCUAGCCAUAGUCUGAUCUGCAUUAUGAAAACACCCUGAGUUGUUUCAACUGGGUCUGCAAACCAAAGGGGCUUAAACUCUUGUGUUUAAUUCAGGAUUCAAGUUUUGUUAUCUAAAUAAUGAGUUUUCCUGACCAAGACGUACUGGGCCAGGCUUUCGAGGAUGCGCUAGAAGUACUGCAGCAGCACUCUGACAGACAAAUGCAGUAUUCAACAGGUUAUAAAAAUUGCCUGACUGUCAUCAACCAUCACCACCACCUCCGAGCAAGUCCCAGCUACUCUGCAGCACCAUCUACAGAGGACCAAGGAUAUAGCUGGAGAAAUGUGAUUAAAUUCGGACUGGCCAGGCAUGAAUCAGAUGAAACUGCCUUGGGAAAUAUUUGCAAAACAAGUUUAAACAGUGCAGCGGAUUUUUAUGCAGAUGAGACUGUCUACCAUACUCUGCAGAAUACUCCAGAAAGCCAAGUGGUACAUGCUGCUGGCCAGCCAAAAGCAGGGAAAGGUAGAAAAAAACUUCGACUGUUUGAGUACCUCCAUGAGUCCCUGUACGAUCCAGCUAUGGCAAAUUGCAUCCAGUGGGUGGAUAAGCCUAAUGGUGUCUUCCAGUUUGUCUCCAAAAACAAGGAGAAACUUGCAGAGCUGUGGGGAGAAAGAAAGGGAAACCGCAAGGUCAUGACAUAUCAGAAAAUGGCCAGAGCACUGAGGAAUUAUGGAAGAACAGGUGAAAUAAUUAAAAUUCGAAGGAAGCUGACAUACCAGUUUAGUGCUGUUGUUUUACAGAGACUUGCUCCAUCUUAUUUCUUGGGAAAAGAAACAGUUUAUCAUCCGUACAUUCCAUCUAAUCAAGAAUAUCAGUGUGCAGAUGACUGGACCAGUUACAAUAAUUACAUGUAUAACAAUGGGUAUGCAUUACAGCAUGCCAGCUAGGCUAUCUUUCACAUAAACAGGUCUUUGUUAACUAGCAACUUUCCAGCACAGGAACUCUUCUCUGUACAUAGGUAUUCCUUUAAGAUAUUAUACAAACACACAAAGAGGAGGGUUUGAAAAAUGCUAUUGGCCUAGUUUUGUUCCUUUUGAAGUUAAUGAUAAGCAGUCAUUGACUAUUAAAUAAAACCAGCAGCUGUAGGGCAUGUUCUAUUCUCCAUGAUGUUAAUCAGAGGAAUUGCUUCACAUUCAAGCUAGUAUAUCCAAGAUCAGGACCAAGGCUGUUGUCUGUUAGUGAACAUCAAAGAUUCCAUCCUGACAGUACUCAUUGGAAGUUUUUUGCAUAUCCCAAACAUUUGCAAUUAGAAUGUAGGUGCUGUUGUAUCCACAGUGCAUGCAUUCCCUAUCAGUUGGGUCCACAUGACUUAGAAAGGGAAGAGACUUGCCAACUGCAUGAAGCUACUGUCUGCUUUUUUCAUCAAUGUUCUUUAUUAAGAGACAUUUUCUGAGUGAAUGCCUGGCUGAAUGAUAGAGUCCACAUGAAGGUGCACCUGUUGGCCAAGUUGUUAAUCCUUAAUCACUUAAAUUAACAUGUCUUAGCACAGAUCCUGACAUAUGGUAUUAGGACUGGCAGGUGCAUAUUUCACUGUUGGCAGCGGAUUCAUUGGGGAAGUGACCAUACCAUGAGAGGGUUAGUAAAGGAUUGUGCUUUUCAUGAAGUUAUUUACAGUUCUUCCCCAACUAAUAUGAGAAGCUGCACUUUCAUCCAGCAGUUCUGUACUCAUGUAACAAAUGUAACCCUGUUAUUUAUGUUUGGAGUUAUAACUUUACACAUAUAAAUACAAUUUCACUUUUCCAGCUCUUUUCCUACAUGGGAAUGUAGCUGAAAGGCUCAGUGAUUUUAUAUUCUCUUCGUGGGGAAGAAGGACUAAAUUUUGGUAAAAAGAGAGUACUAGCCCCUUGUGCCAGGAUGAUACCUAUAAAUCUACUUUUUCUCAUACUUCUGUUACCUGAUCAACUUGUAUCAUCAUAGGAGUUGUCUGUUGUGCCAAAAUACUUGCAUUCAGCUGCAAUAAAUUCCAAAUUCUGCACUUUCCUUCAAGUGAAUGCAGGCCCAUAUAUUAAUAAAGACAAAAUUAGUUUCUGUGGAAAUUAAUGGUGGCCUGAUAUAUUUGAUGAAAUUCACUUUAUUAGUUUCCCCUUGCUCUAACUCCUGCUUACUUGUACAGGGAUAUAAUUUUAUGUAAUAGACACAAUGCAACACACUCUGCUCAAGCAAAACUCAAGGUUUUAAAUUAGCACUUUGGUAAGGUGAAAGAUGUGUACUCUUAGAAAGCUGAAGCAUGUUAAAUAGCGCUAAAAACAGACCCAGAUUUUAAGUCAUUAAACAUCUGCCAGAAUAAGAAGGUCGUAACUGUGUUGUUAGUAUUUAGAGUGUAAUGUCCUGUAAAAUGUAAAUGUUACUACAAAAUAGAGACAAGAAUGCCCUAUAGAACUGAAACUGGAUCCUGCUGUAGCACAGAACACAGUGGGAGUUUAGCUCUUACAAAGGACUGAGGACUUUCAGUUGGGAUGCCUUCACAAUGUAAGCACAUAUGCAAAUGCAACAUUUCAAAUGUCAAAAUGUACAUAAAUUUUCCAAGAAACUGCACAGUUUAGUUACUCCACAUCUGUCACCCAUUGCAUGCUGACUUUAUGUUAUUUACAAGGCUGGUAACAUACUCUGGGUUAAGAGUGCUUUGUGUAAAAUGCUUACUUAGUCAAUAUGUUUAGAUUCACUUUCCUCAAACUCAUCUUCUCAUUAAGGAAAUAAAUACUUAUCCAGA